AUGGGUCCUCCUCGCCGAGCUCGUUCUAAUUCUUCUGUAUCAACUCACUCUCAGCAACAUCGUCACCGACAGCCGCAACCACUAGAGCCAACUCCUCCUGAAACAAUGCCGUCUACACAAUCACAUCUAGGAAUGUCUCCUCAGUCGCGUUAUCUCUCGAACAUGAAGGUUGUUCGUCGUAGAGACCCCUCUAUUGUAUCUAUAUUCGAUCAGUUCAGCCACGUCUGUGUGUACCACCAUAACGGUGACAAAUGGGAGAAGCAGGGUUAUGAAGGGAGCAUGUUUUUGUACGAGAGGGAUUCUUACCCACCAUAUGGUCUCUAUAUUUUGAAUCGUGUGGGUAUGGAUGACUACAUCCAACGACUCUAUCCAGAAGAUGGCAUAGGCGCGCAUGGUUCCUAUCUCAUGAUGCGUCAUUACCCCGACUUCACCACACGCAGGCUUGCAGAAGCACGAGACAAACUACCCCUCUCCAAGCAGGAAGGUCCAGCUUCUAAAUUUGCUCCUGAGUUCGUCGUGCCAAAUCUAGAACAAUUACAAGAUGCUGAGAAAGGUCGAUCACAAACGGUCGGGUUGUGGUGCUUUGCAACCGAUGCAAGAGAAAGCAUGCAAGACGUUGUGUUGAGAUUGCAUAGCUAUAUCAAGCAGAAUCUUCCGUAUCCAGAGGAGUAUAGAUAUGGCCCGGAUCGUCCUCCUCCCCCGAACUUUCGGUCGUCAUCGAGGGCCAGUGAACGUUCACACAUGCGCUCGGCAUCGAGCGCAUCCACCAGCAGCAUACAUAGCAUUUCGGAGUCGGAAGAGUAUCAUGCAGGAAGUCAACCCACCCCCUCAGAAAGUAGUCGUUCCAACGGAAAUAUAUCGGAGCUUGACAAACUGUUUGCCAAGCUGGGGGGCACGGGAUGUACUCCACAGCAGAUGCCCUUACAAUCGCAGACUAAGGAGACCACUGCUGCAAGUUUACUGGCCGGCAUAUCCGGCAGUGGAAAUGUUUAUAGAACGGUAUCCGUUCCGCCACUGACCUCCAAUUCUGUCCCUCCGACUCGCGGAUUAGCUUUAUUAGACACCAUCUUCGCCUCCGCACCACCACCACCACCACCACCAAGCCAACCCAAUCGCGGACCAUCUCGCUCUGGAGCGGCAUCAGCUUCCCUCCCCCUACCCACCUCCACACAUGCACAAACCACAUAUACUACACAAGCUCAGACCACGAUGCUCGGAUACACCGCUGGACACACUGCCAGCUCACAAAGUCCUAUCAUCCUUUCUCCCAAACCAACGUCUACUGCACUACCUCAGGUGCUCAACCAAGAUGUCAUCUCUACGCUCCUCGGGCUCCCCGCAUCCCGUGCCUAUGAAGGUGAUAAUGAGGCAAGCGAUGACGGAUCUAUCUCCGAAGGAGGAUAUUCUGUUUCUAGUACUAUACUUGAUGCUGAUGCAGAGAAUAACAUGGAGCUGCAAGCUGCAGGGUCAUCCUCUGGAUUGCCACUCCUCGCUGUACCUAUGGGCCAAUCUGAGUACAAAGGCACAAGAAAUGGGAGCGGCAAAACCUUAGGCGAUGUCACUCCUCGUCCGCCACUCCGAGGUUUCAACUCUGAUUUCACGGUGGUCGGAGACCUCCUCGCGGCUGCUCAGACGAUGAAGCACUCGCGUGCCUCCCCACACCUUCAUAUUCCCCCUGUCGCACCUCCACAACCUGGGGAUCCAGAUACUACGCCGACAUUGACCAGCGUCAAUGGCACACACAGCGUGCCCAAACCCCGUCCCCUUAUUCCAUUCGAGGCAGAUUCUGACUUGUGGCCAUACCCUCGUGCUCCGUUUGUCGAGGCAGACUCAGAUGUGAUUGAGCUCGACUUUGCUGAUACGAGUGCGCUGAGCGAUCCGGAUGCAUUUGCGAAGGAGCAGCGCUCGAAAAAUAGGAGGAGCCAGAAGAAAGGUCGGAAGGAGCGGGAGAAGGAUCGUGAGCGAGAGAGAGAGGAGAUAGAGAAGAGCUGGGAUGUGCCACCGCCUGUCAAGGUUGUGCCACUUCCACAACCACAAGGUGUCGUGUCGACACCUGCAGUCCUUGUUAAUGGCAAGGCCAAGCAUGUGCGCAAAGAGCGUGCUGGUUCUGUAGCUAGUCAGAGCUCUGUUGAUGACGCAAACGCCAUCGACACUCAUGCCGUCCAUGCAUCUCUUCUGUCUGCUCUCGCCCAGAAGAAAAAUGCGAGUUCGAAUAAUUUUUCGAGGAACGACUUUGUCCGGGAAGUUCUGACUCUCAUACACACAGACCAAGAUUUCGUGGACACUCUUUGGCAGGAAUAUACUUUGAGUGCGAAAUGA